AUGUCAAAUCCUUCCCCAAGAAAUCUAGAUUAUUCUCAACACUACGCCAAUUAUUCUGAUGCCCCAGGGCACAACAUAGAAAGAUGUUGGUACUUGAAAAGGCCAAUUCAAGAUUUGAUUGAUACUCAUCAAAUUAUAGUUGAAAGCCCAACUGGACCAAACAUCAAUCAAAAUCCACUGCCCAGGCAUACUGAAACAAACAUGUUAGAAAUGAUGAAUGGUUGCGAAGAAAUUGCAAUCCCAUACAAGCCGAUCCUUAAGGUUGGAACUGGCAUGGAAAAUUCGGCGAAUGAUGUUGACUUGACAAAAAUGGUGCCUUUAGGGGCAAAAAAGACGUUGGAAAAGUUGAGCCCAUCAAACAUACCUAUUCUAACUGUGAAAGGAGCACUUGAAGAUGUUUGGGCACGUCAGAGAGAGGCAAGAUUGGUUGUUCCAAGAUGGCCAAACAAGCCUAUCUUCAUCGUGCAAGGAGCCUAUAUUCCACAUGUGAUCAUUAGGACAGUAUCCCAACUUUCAAUGACUAACCCCAAGGCUGUACCUUGGAAUUAUGAGCCCACUGUCGUGACAUACAAGGGGAAAGAAGUCAAUGAAGAAGUAGAUGAAGUAGGCGGAAUGACCCGUUCGGGAAGAUGCUAUUCCCCGACUGGAUUAAGGAAAAAUAAAAAUGACCAAAUGCAAGUUCAGAGUCCAGUCACUGAAGAAGAAGCAGAGGAGUUCUUAAGAAAAAUGAAAUUGUCAGACUAUUCCAUCGUGGAACAACUAAGGAAAACUCCAGCCCAAAUCUCUUUAUUGUCUUUGUUGAUACAUUCAGAUGAACAUCGUAAAGCUAUAAUGAAGAUUUUGAACGAAGCACAUGUUCCUAAUGAAGUUACGGUAAGUCAGUUAGAGAAGAUUACUGGGAGAAUUUUUGAGGUAAACCGAAUCACCUUUUCAGAUGAUGAACUAUCGAUUGAAGGAACGGGACAUAACCAAGGCCUCCAUAUCACUAUAAAGUGUGAGCUUUCAUAUGUCACUCGAGUCCUAAUUGAUGGAGGAUCUGGGGAAAAUAUUUGUCCUUUGUCAACUUUACAAAAAUUGAAUGUUAAAACUGAAAAGGUACGACCCAACAAUGUAUGUGUUAGAGCUUUUGAUAGGUCACAAACAGAUGCCAUUGGUAAGAUAGAGCUCAUACUAACAAUAGGGCCUGUCAAUUUCACUGUGAAUUUUCAAGUGUUAAAUAUCAAUGCAUCCUAUAAUCUAUUGUUGGGGAGACCAUUGGUGUAUAGGGCUGGGGUAGUCCCCUCUACGUUGCAUCAAAUAAUUAAGUCUGAAUACGACCUACAAGAAGUAAUUGUUCAUGCUGAGGGGGAUUUUUCAGUCUACAAAGACUCUUCCCUCCAUUUUGUCAAGGCAAAUAAUGAGAAUGAGGCACUGGUUUAUCCAGCUUUUGAGGUAGUGGUUGCUGAGCAUAUCCUCGAGGGGAAUCUCAUUUCAAAACCACAAUUGCCCAUGGUAUCGUGA